CUCCUUCUUUGAUUAUUCCUUCCUUUGAUGUUGUGAAGAACUGCAGAAUAAGGUAAAUGGAGAAAGUUUGUGAGCUGAUCCAGUGAAUCCAGCAGUAUGGAUCAGAGUGAGGACAGAAAGGAGGGAGCCCGUAAAGGAACUCUGCCUGUGGAAGAAGAGGGCCGAAACAAAACUUUGAGGUGGAAGAACAAACUUGGACCUAGAUCUGAUCCCAGCUGGGCGUCGUUCAGGAGUUACAAAUCAAUGGAAGUACUUCCUAACUUCAAAGGCAUCAGUCCAAUAAUGGAGCAAAUGGACCAGGAGAGCUCAGAGACUUCUGGUGGUUUGUCUAUCCAAACAGAACUGGAUUCCAUCUUUCUGCUGCUGGAGGACAACAUUGUCACGUUUGUGAAAAAGGAACUGAAAAAGAUCAAGAAGCUUCUGAGUCAGAGGGAGGAUGAGGAGGAAAUGGAGAGUGAAUAUCAAACGCAGAGGAGCAGCAGAGAGUCACUGAUGAAGAUCACAGAGAACUUCCUGAGGAGAAUGAAGCAGGAGGAGCUGGCUGAUCGACUGCAGAGCAGUUUCAAUACUGCAGUUUGUCGACAUAAGGUCCAAUCUGGUCUGAAGAAGAAGUUCCAGUGUGUGUUUGAUGGAAGUGCUAAAGCAGGAAACCCAACCCUUCUAUACGAGAUCUAUACAGAGCUCUACGUCACAGAGCAAGGAACUAGAGAGUUGAAUGAAGAACAUGAGGUCAGACAGAUUGAAACAGCAUCCAGGAAAGCAGACAGAGCAGAAACCAGCAUCAGACAAGAAGAGCUCUUAAAACUCCCAGCUGGAAGACAAGAACCAAUCAGAACCGUGAUGACAAAGGGAGUGGCUGGCAUCGGGAAAACAGUCUUAACACAGAAGUUCACUCUGGACUGGGCUGAAGGCAAAGCCAACCAGAACAUCCACUUCAUAUUUCCAUUCACUUUCAGAGAGCUGAAUGUGCUGAAAGAGGAGAAGUUCAGCUUGGUGGAACUUGUUCAUCACUUCUUCCCAGAAACCAAAGCAGCAGGAAUCUGCAGCUUUGAACAUUUCCAGGUCGUCUUCAUCUUUGAUGGUCUGGAUGAGUGUCGACUUCCUCUGGAUUUCAACAAGUCUCAGCUCCUAAAUGACCCUAGAAAGCCCACCUCAGUGGGUGAUCUGCUGACAAACCUCAUCAGGGGGAACCUGCUUCCCUCUGCUCGCCUCUGGAUAACCACACGACCUGCAGCAGCCAAUCAGAUCCCUGCUGAGUGUGUUGACAUGGUGACAGAGGUCAGAGGGUUCAAUGAUCCACAGAAGGAGGAGUACUUCAGGAAGAGAUUCAGAGAUGAAGAGCAGGCCAACAGUAUCAUCUCCCACAUCAAGAGAUCCCGAAGCCUCCACAUCAUGUGCAACAUGCCAGUCUUCUGCUGGAUCACUGCUACAGUUCUGGAUGAUCUGUUGAGAAGUAGAGAGGGAGAAAAGCUGCCCAAGAGCCUGACUGAGAUGUACAUCCACUUUGUAGUGGUUCAGGCCAAAGUCAAGAAGGUCAAGUAUGAUGGAGGAGAUGAGACAGAUCCUCACUGGAGUCCAGAGAGCAGGAAGAUGAUGGAGUCUCUGGGAAAACUGGCUUUUGAGCAGCUGCAGAAAGGAAACCUGAUCUUCUAUGAAUCCGACCUGACAGAGUGUGGCAUCGAUAUCAGAGAAGCCUCAGUGUACUCAGGAGUGUUCACACAGAUCUUUAGAGAGGAGAGAGGACUGUACCAGGACAAGGUGUUCUGCUUCAUCCAUCUGAGUGUUCAGGAGUUUCUGGCUGCUCUUCAUGUUCACCUGACCUUCCUCACAUGUGGACUCAACCUCAUGGAAGAAAAGAGAGAAUCUGAGAUAAUUAAUAAGAAACAAACUAUUUCACUGCAGUUCUGCCAGAGUGCUGUGAACAUGGCCUUAAAUAGUCCAAACGGACACCUGGACUUGUUCCUCCGUUUCCUCCUGGGUCUUUCAUUGCAGACCAAUCAGAGUCUUCUACGAGGUCUACUGACAGAGACAGGAAGUAGCUCACAGACCAAUCAGGAAACACUCCUGUACAUCAAAGAUAAGAUCAGUGAGGAUCUGUCUGCAGAGAAAAGCAUCAACCUGUUCCACUGUCUGAAUGAACUGAACGAUGGUUCUCUAGUGGAGGAGAUCCAACAGUACCUGAGGUCAGGACGUCUUGCCACAGAUAAGCUGUCUCCUGCUCAGUGGUCUGCUCUGGUCUUCAUCUUACUGUCAUCGGAAGACCUGGAAGUGUUUGACCUGCAGAAAUACUCUGCUUCAGAGGAGGCUCUUCUGAGGCUGUUGCCAGUGAUCAAAGCCUCCAACAAAGCUAUACUGAGUGACUGUAAGCUGUCAGAGAAAAGCGGUGAAGGUCUGUCCUCAGUUCUCAGCUCUCAAUCCACCAGACUCAGAGAUCUAGAUCUGAGUAACAACAACCUGCAGGAUUCAGGAGUGGAGCUUUUAUCUGCCGGGCUAAAGAGUCCACAUUGUAAAGUGGAGACUCUCAGUUUGAAAAAUUGCAGUUUGUCAGAAAUGAGUUGUAAAGCUCUGGGCUUUGCUCUAAUGUCCAACCCAUCCAACCUGGCAGAACUAGACCUGAGCUUCAACACCCUCAAGGAUUUAGGAAUUGUUCAUCUGAGUGGUUUUCUGGAGAGUCCAAACUGUAGAUUGCAGACUCUGAGAUUGAAGAGCUGCAGUUUUUCAGAGAUCAGCUGUGAAGCUCUGGGCUCAGCUCUGAAGUCCAACCCAUCCAAACUAACAGAACUGGACCUGAGCAAGAACAUCCUCAUGGAUUCAGGAGCUGUUCAUCUGCGUAGCUUUCUGGAAAGUCCAGACUGUAGACUACAAAUUUUAAGGUUAGAGAGUUGUAAAUUUUCCAAGACCUGCUGUGAACAUUUAGGCCCAGCUCUGAAGUCCAACCCGUUCCAUCUGAUUGAACUAGACCUGAGCAGAAAUGCCCUCCAAGAUCCAGGGUUUCUUCAUCUGCGUGGUUUUCUGGAGAGCCCAGACUGCCAACUGCAGACUCUGAGGCUGAAGAGCUGCAGUUUGUCAGAGACCAGCUGUAAAGUUUUGGUCUCAACUCUGAAAUCCAACCCCUCCAAUCUGACAGAACUGGACCUGAGCUGGAACACAAUGAGGGAUGCAGGAGUUCAUCUGCGCCGUUUUCUAGAGAAUUCAGACUGUAGACUUCAGAUUCUGAGGUUGGAGAGCUGCAAUUUGUCAAAGAUGAGCUGUAAAGCCCUGGGCUCAGCUCUGAAGUCCAACCCAUCCAAUCUGACAGAACUGGACUUGAGCCAAAACAAACUAAAACAUUUAGGAUUUCUUCAUCUGCGUGGUUUUCUGGAGAGUCCAGACUGCAUACUGCAGACUCUGAGGUUGGAGGACUGCAGAUUAUCAGAGAUCAGCUGUAAAGUUCUAGGCUCAGCUCUGGAGUCCAACCUGUCCCAUCUGACAGAAUUGGACCUGAGCAUGAACAACCUGCAGGAUUCAGGAGUUCUUCAUCUGUGUGGUUUUCUGGAGAAUCCAGAGUGCAGACUGCAGACUCUGAAGUUAGAGAAAUGCAGUUUGUCAAAGAUGAGCUGUGAAGCUCUGAGCUCAGCCCUGAAGUUAAAUCCGUCCAAUCUGGCAGAACUGGACCUGGGCAUGAACAACCUGCAGGAUCCAGAUCUUCAGCAGCUCCAAGAUCUGGUGAAAAAUCCAAUCUGCAAAUUGCAGACUGUGAGGUGGGAGGGGCAAGCCUCAAGCAAGUGAUGUUCCUCCUGGUGGAGCAGAGAUGUUCUGACAGGAGCAUGGAGAGCACAGUGAUGGAGGAAUCGGAGGAAGUGGAGAUGAGUGUCAGAGCUGCAGCAUGAACUGAUCUGAGAUCAGCUCCACUGUCUCUCUCAGCAUUAAGUGGAGUGUUGAUGGAAUGUUGAAGGACUCCAUUUCAUCUUCUCUAACUUAGCCUUCUCUUCUCUCUCAUAUUGUGAGCUUCUCUUAACUUUGUCCACAUCCUCUUGUUGUAAUCAUCCUUCCUGUCAGCUGACGUCCGUGUUUCUCUGUACAUUUUCAUGAAGGAGCAACUGUGGGUCUCAGCUGUUAUAAUUUCACCACUAAAAUCAGUUGAUCAAACAAACCAGCACAUACUGAUCAAUCGUCAAUCAGCUUUUCUUCAUCUGUCAAGAAACUUCUCUGAAUGAUCUGUGUUGGUGAUUCAGAUUAAGAUAUGUUUCUUGCCGAAGCUCACAAUUAUUUUUGUGUUUCUUGGACUCCUGCACAUCUCUGCACCACAAAAUAGACCAGCAUUCUCUGAAAUCAUUCAGCUGGUCCAGAAACCAGCAGCAUGUUAAAGAUGGACCACCUUAUAGCAGUACUAAUCAUACUGAUUUUAAUUUCUUUUUUUUAAUUGUCACUUUUUUAAACAUGUUUUCUUCAGCACUUUAAGAAUUGGGAUGAAGACUUCUCAGAUUCUCCCAUGAAUCUAUGCAGUUUUUACAAGAACUGAGCAAAAGAAAAAGUGGACUUCUACUCUCGGUUUUAGGAUCUGGAGGAAAAGACAUGCAGACAGAUACUAAAUAAUUGGAAACUAACAAAAUGUAAAUGACAACAGUUAUCUGCCGGUCGACGGUUUGUCUUCCAAAUCUAUUCUUUUAUACAUCAUGAGGGAAUUUCCUUUAUUUUUAGCUACAUUAAUGCAUUAACAAGUUCUUAUUUUAAAACUCUUAUUUUAACAAUGUAUUUGAGUUUGUGACUGGACAAAUCAACGGCUGAGUGAAUCGUUGAUUAGAUUGAACAUUUGUGUAUUAGAUAUGUGUUGGUCAGUCAUUCAGGCGUUGGAGCCAGAA